AUGGAAGAUACAGCUGAUGAUGUGAGGCUUCUAGCCAAAUCAGCAUUACAAGGGAUUCAGGCAGAGGAGAGCUGCUGUUUUCUGCGCCACAUGUUGAGAUUCUAUGUGGAGACUGUCUUCAAACAUCACACUCCAUCCAGCUCCCUCAUUGAGAGGAAGACCAACACUUUGGCCAACUCCUUCCUCAGCAUCAAGCGAGAUCUUCGGCAGUGUCAUGCAGAGAUGAAGUGUCACUGUGGAGAAGAAUCCCGAACUAUGAUGAAGAAAAUACAAAAUACUUUUGAAAAUUUGACUCUCAGGGCAGCUGCUGUUAAAGCUAUCGGUGAAAUCGACAUUCUCAUAGAAUGGAUGGAACAAGAUCACCAGAACUAAGCAUUACAUCACAGCAUACAGUGCCGAGAAAACUGAAUA